UAUUAUGUUUCUUGUCAAAGAAUCUCGCCAAAAAAAGAUCUUGAAUUCCAGUUCUCCGUGCAAGCCUUUUACCAGUGCUCAGAGGCCCUUGUACCGAUUUCCGCGACGAUGAAGGUCGUCAGCCAAGACGCUCCUACUGACGAAGGGGAAGUCAAAGGCAAGGGGGAGAGCAGGCACGGGGACGAUGUUCGAAAUCGUAUCUCCGAGUUCUUCAGUUCGACAAGCAUCCAUGGCAUGGGAAGGAUUUACGGAGUGGCUCACUGGUGGAGGAAAGCCAUGUGGUGUUGCUUCUCGAUCGCCAUGACCACGUGGGCGCUGUACCAGAUAGUCAGCGUGGCGGUCGACUACGGCAAAUAUCCGAAGAAGAUCACCCGAAGCGUAGAAAAGGACACGCCGACGGUCUUCCCUGCGGUGACGGUGUGCAAUCUAAGCCCGAUGCCCCGAGUGGACGCCCUCAAGGACCACCCGACCUGGGGCGUCUUCAUCCAGGUCGAGACGAGCUUCAAUAACUCCAAUGACUGUGCCAAGGGCGUGGUGACGAAGUCAAAAUUGGUCAGCAACUCACCGGGAAAGUCGCUGCCUCAGAGGGAAAGGGAAGAAGAGAACCUCGUUGCGCAGGAGUUGAAGAUCCUGCAAGCAGAAGUGUUCCUGCGGGGACUCCUGGGGAAGGCAGGGAACGCAACGGGGCGGAAGGGACACGCUGAGAUGAAGCGGUGGCUUGCCAGUGAAUGGGAGAAACUAUCCCCUCGCGAUAACGAAGAAUCCGAUAUAAAGGCCGAAGAAAGUAUCGUGACAAGACGGAGGAAUACAGAAGGAACUGCAGAGGGACAGGUAGGAGUCGCCAGAAAGAAUCCUCUCGUUGAAGAAGACCUUGCGGAAAAGAUCCGGACUGCUGUGGAACUCCUCGCCACAUCACACCUCAGGUCGCUCGAUGACAAGGGUCGGAGCAUCAUCCUCGACAGGCUGGACAAGAUCAUGCGCCAGUCGCAGAAGGCCCGCCGCCGGAAUUUCGUCAGGGGGCCCAGGAACACAACGGGAGAUGGUAACUCGACUUCGGAAAAGAGGAAAGACCUGAGGAUGAGAAAGGGUGAUGGGAAUUCAACGUUAAUCGAAAGGACGAGGGAAAGAUUCAUAAAUUUGUUGGAUGAAUAUUCAGGAAGGUCAGGAAUCACAAACCCCGCCAAAUCACCUUUGCCUAAGGAAGACCAGAGAAGGGAACGGAGUUCCGCUUUUUUGUUGACCUUACCUCGGGAUCUAAACCAUACGUCAAGAGCAAUGAGAUUAUCAGCCACCGAAGGGGAGUGUGGCGUCGGUUACAUGCCCUGCGGCGACGGGACCUGCUACCGAGAGCACAAGCGCUGUAACAACUGGCUCGACUGCGCUAACCGUGGCGAUGAGAUAAACUGCACGUGCGAUGCGGAUUUUUACAAGUGCUUCGGGAAGGAUGGAGUGUGUGUCCAUCAAGAUCUCCUUUGCGACGGCUCCGGAGACUGCCUCUUCGAAGACGAUGAGAUGGAGUGCGAGGAGUGCCGGGCGGGCGCGUGGCGGUGCAGCGACGGCCGCUGCAUCAGGGCGUACUUGAGGUGCGACGGCAAAGACGACUGCGCGGACGGAGAGGAUGAGGUCUGGUGCGGAAGCACCGCGCCCUCCUGCGGCGAAGGCGACUUCCAGUGCGCCUCGAGCGGCCGCUGCCUCCCCGUCGUCCACCGCUGCGACGGCCGGGAGCAAUGCGACGACGGCAGUGACGAGGUUGACUGCAAGGAGUGUGGCGAGGGGCUGUUCCGGUGCGGCGACGACACCUGCCUCCCGCUGCACCUGGUCUGCGACGGCGAGGAGCACUGCGUCGACGGCGCCGACGAAGCGCAGUGCUCGUCGUGGAGCAGCGAGUGUCCGGACGACCUGCACUAUCCCUGCUCCUCCGCCUUCUGGCUCGACUACUGCCUUCACCCGCGGUUCGUGUGUGACGGCGUCGACGACUGCUGGGACUGGGAAGAACAAGGCUGCUAUGAGUGCAGUGCAGCAGCUUCCUCUUGCGGUGACGGGAGGUGCCUGCAGAAGUCUCAGUGGUGUGAUGGACAGGAGGACUGCGCCGAUGGACGGGACGAAACGAACUGCACAGCAGGAUGUCAAGGGAUAGGCCACCACUGUGUGGGAGAUGGCAGCUGUAUCGGCUUAGACCUCGUGUGCGAUGGCUACACACAGUGCGAAGAUGGAUCAGACGAGGCGGACUGUGAUGAAGGCUGCAGCAGCGAGGAGUUCCAGUGCAACAAUGGCCUGUGUGUUAGCAGAAAUUUUACGUGCGAUGCAGUAGAGGACUGUAUUGCUGGAGAGGACGAGAAGGAUUGUGUAUCCUGUGCCCCUCGGCGUUUCCACUGUAAAGAGGAUAACAUUUGUAUCCAUGAGCAUUACGUGUGUGACGAGGUUUUGCACUGUUCGAAUGGCAGUGACGAGUCCGACUGCGCAAGGGAUUGUCCGCCUGGUUACUUCACGUGCAACAGUGGCUUGUGCAUCCACGGGGCAUUCCGCUGCGACGGCGUGAGAGAUUGCCUGUAUAAUGAGGACGAGUUGAACUGCGACGCGUGUGUGGGAGACGCGUUCCUCUGCCCUGAGGGCCUCUGCCUCCCUGCCUACAUGCGGUGCGACGGCGAACCAGAGUGCGACGGCGGCGAGGACGAGAGGGAGUGCAGCGGAUGUCGACGUGGAGUAUUAUGCGAAGUCGAGAUGGUGCUCACCUGUUUGCCAGAAAAGAAUAUUUGCGACGGAAGAAUAGACUGCGCCUCCGGUGUUGAUGAGAUGAUGUGCUCCCAGUACUUGGUGGUGUGUCCCGCGGGUUACUUCCAGUGCAACGACAGCAACUGCAUCCGAGAAAGGUACAAGUGCGACGGACUGAAUGACUGCCUGUUGGGAGAGGACGAGGAAGACUGUGACGCGUGUGUAGACGGAGGGCAAUUGUGUGCUGAGGAGAAGCGGUGUGUGUCCAAGCAAAUCCCUUGCUUCGAAGAAGCGCUUUGUUCGUCUCGGUUCCAGCCUAACUGCUCUUCUCAGGCGGUUGCAGCGGACACGCAAUGCCAACCGGGCUACCUGCGGUGCGAGGGCGGCGGCUGCGUGAAUUACAGGUUCCUCUGUGAUGGUCGCCUCCACUGCCCAGGCGGAGAGGACGAAGUGAACUGUGAUAAUAUCCGUGACCACCCAUUAGCCAAGGAAGUGCACUGGAUAAGGAUUAUGUGCAGUCAGUACUAUGCCGACCUGCUGAGUCUCCAGGACAGGACCCCGACUGAGCCCCCUUCCCAUCUCUCCUCAUCCACGUGUGAAGGAGACAGCUACAAUGAGAUCGUCACGUGGAGUGUCAUCUGUCAGCUGGGAGUUUUCUGUGACCAUUAUGGCUGUUAUGAUGAUUCUGCAUUGGAUUACCAAGAGACGUUCCCAAUGCAAGGCACGAUGUGUUCCGUGUGCGGCGGGACCUCCAAAGUCUGCCAGCCAGUGAGAUGGGUGAACGACUGGCUUCUAGGCCUACUGGACCUGGAGACGCUGAGCAUAAUACUUCGAAAGCAGCGCGGGGAUUUCACCGACAUCGCCGAGCUGUAUGCGCCCUCGCGCCACGACCAGGAGGCCUACGCCGUGCCCGCCGCCGACUUCGUGUACUCCUGCAGCUUCGACAACACCCUCUGUGACUACAGGGACUUCUCGACGUUGACCAGCAACAGCUAUGGCACAUGCUAUACCUUCAACUCCGGCCUCGAGAGCGCGGACUCACCCAGCACCACCCCGAGGACCACUUCCGUUUCCGGACCCAAGAACGGCCUGCGCGCGGUGUUCAACGUACAAGCCGGUCUCGCUCUUCUGUCGCCCGAGGAUGGGCUGCGGGUGAUCGUCCACAGCCCUUACCUCACGCCCGUGCCCGAGGAGGAGGGCUUCAACGUCGGCCCUGGGUCCUCGUCGGUGGCCGUCGGGAGGACUGUGUUCACUCGCCUCGGUCCCCCUCACGGCAGAUGUCAGCCUGAUCCUUCCAACACCCUUCAGUACUCUACUAUGAUGUGCAAACAGCUGUGUCUGGAGCGAGAAUACCGAAGGCGAUGCAGAUGCUACGCGCUCUUCGCCCAGGAACACAACGACACCAAAAACGACCUGGGGGGAGUUGACAUCCGCUGUUCUCUCUUUAAUACCACUCAGAGUGAGUCUAUUCGCCCUUCGGUAACUGCAUAUCAGAGCCCUUCUAGAGGAUGUUUACAUAUUCGUCGCUUCUGUGGCCUCCUAUCUAUGCACUGUCGUAUCACUUGUUUGUUAUUGUGUGGAUCUUCUAUAGCCAUCGCAAAACACAAAAAUUAUAAUAGAGAUAAUUCCAUUUCAUACACGUCUGACACCCUUGUCCUUAUGGGCUUCUCUACGGCUUGGGUCUAUUUCUCAGUUUUACACAAUUUCACACCUACAUACUGA